GGCUGAGCUGAGCGGGCAGGGGCUGUGAGGAAUUAGUGCGCGGCAUUGCGGGCGUGAAAGGAGAGGACUCGGCUCCCAGUGAGUGUCCAGCAUGCCAGCGGAGCGGCCCGCGAGCAGCAGUGGGUCCCCAGCUCCAGAAAUGGGAGGACAGCCAGAGGCAGCUGUGAUUACCCGGGCCAUGCUGGAGGAGGAGGAGCAGCUGGAGGCUGCUGGACUGGAGAGAGAGAGGAAGAUGCUGGAGAAGGCUCGAAUGUCAUGGGACAGAGAAUCCACUGAAAUUCGGUACCGUAGACUCCAGCAUUUGCUUGAAAAAAGCAAUAUCUACUCCAAAUUUUUAUUGACAAAAAUGGAACAGCAGCAGUUAGAGGAACAGAAGAAGAAAGAGAAAUUGGAGAGAAAAAAGGAAUCUUUAAAAGCUACAAAGGGUAAAAAUUCAGUUGUUGGAAGUGAAGAGAAUCCAGUUAUGAAAAAGAAAAGAGGAAGAGAAGAUGAAACAUACAGUAUUUCGGAGGUCAUGUCAAAAGAGGAAAUUUUGUCUGUGGCUAAAAAAAAUAAAAAGGAGAAUGAGGAUGACAGCUCCUCCUCUACUAAUCUCUGUGUGGAAGAUCUUCAGAAAAAUAAAGAUUCAAAUAGCAUAAUUAAAGACAGAUUGUCUCAAACUGUUAGGCAGAAUGCUAAAUUCUUUUUUGACCCAGUUCGAAAAUGUAAUGGACAGCCAGUUCCCUUUCAACAACCAAAGCAUUUCACAGGAGGAGUGAUGCGGUGGUACCAAGUAGAAGGCAUGGAAUGGCUUAGGAUGCUUUGGGAAAAUGGAAUUAAUGGCAUUUUAGCAGAUGAAAUGGGAUUGGGGAAGACUGUGCAGUGCAUUGCUACUAUUGCCUUAAUGAUUCAGAGAGGAGUACCUGGACCUUUUCUUGUCUGUGGCCCUUUGUCUACACUUCCUAACUGGAUGGCUGAAUUCAAAAGAUUUACACCAGAAAUUCCUACUAUGUUAUAUCAUGGAACCCAGCAGGAACGUCGAAAAUUGGUAAGGAAUAUUCACAAAAGAAAAGGGACACUGCAGAUUCAUCCUGUGGUAAUCACAUCAUUUGAAAUAGCCAUGAGAGACCGAAAUGCAUUACAGCAUUGCUAUUGGAAAUACUUAAUAGUAGAUGAAGGCCACAGGAUUAAGAAUAUGAAGUGCCGUCUAAUCAGGGAGUUAAAACGGUUCAAUGCUGAUAACAAACUUCUUUUGACUGGUACUCCCUUGCAAAACAAUUUAUCAGAACUUUGGUCAUUGCUAAACUUUUUGUUGCCAGAUGUAUUUGAUGACUUGAAAAGCUUUGAGUCUUGGUUUGACAUCACUAGUCUCUCUGAAACUGCUGAAGAUAUUAUAGCUAAAGAAAGAGAACAGAAUGUGUUGCAUAUGCUGCACCAGAUUCUAACUCCUUUUUUGUUGAGAAGACUGAAAUCUGAUGUUGCUCUUGAAGUUCCUCCUAAACGAGAAGUAGUUGUUUAUGCACCACUUUCAGAGAAACAAGAGAUCUUUUAUACAGCCAUUGUUAAUCGUACAAUUGCAAAAAUGUUUGGAUCUACUGAGAAAGAAACAGUUGAGAUAAGUGCUACUGGAAGACCAAAACGGCGAACUAGAAAAUCAAUAAAUUACAGCAAAAUAGAUGAUUUUCCUAAUGAAUUGGAAAAAUUAAUCAGUGAAAUACAGCCAGAGGUGGACAGAGAAAGAACUGUUGUGGAAGUGAAUAUCCCUAUAGAAUCUGAAGUUGAUCUGAAGAUGCAGAAUAUAAUGAUGCUACUUCGUAAAUGCUGUAAUCAUCCAUAUCUAAUUGAGUACCCUAUAGAUCCUGUUACACAAGAGUUUAAGAUCGAUGAAGAAUUAGUGACAAAUUCUGGGAAGUUCUUACUUUUGGAUAGAAUGCUGCCAGAACUUAAAAAAAGAGGUCAUAAGGUGCUGCUUUUUUCACAAAUGACAAGAAUGUUGGACAUUUUGAUGGAUUACUGUCAUCUUAGAAAUUUCAACUUCAGUAGACUUGAUGGGUCCAUGUCUUACUCAGAGAGGGAAAAAAAUAUGCACAACUUCAACACAGAUCCAGAUGUAUUUAUUUUCUUAGUGAGUACACGAGCUGGUGGCCUGGGCAUUAAUUUGACUGCAGCAGAUACAGUUAUCAUUUAUGACAGUGAUUGGAAUCCCCAGUCUGAUCUUCAGGCCCAGGAUAGAUGUCAUAGAAUUGGUCAGACAAAGCCAGUUGUUGUAUAUCGCCUUGUUACAGCAAAUACUAUUGAUCAGAAAAUUGUGGAAAGAGCAGCUGCUAAAAGAAAACUGGAAAAGUUGAUCAUCCACAAAAAUCAUUUCAAAGGUGGUCAGUCUGGAUUAAAUCAGUCUAAGAGCUUCUUAGAUCCUAAGGAAUUAAUGGAAUUAUUAAAAUCUAGAGAUUAUGAAAGGUAA